AUGACUACAGCCUCGUUUCCUCCCAAUCGAUCAGGCUACGCUCUGAAGCAAACGAAGCGACCUUACCUUACCGUACCUGCAUUCCAGGCAGCGAGUAACAGCCCCGGUGCCUUGCGUUGGUACGGAUUGGAUUCCGCACGAGAAGCUCGACCCCGGUACCCCAAUCGUGGCAGCUCAACGCUGUGA